GGACACAGUGUGCCUAGGCUGGGGGGGUGCAGCUGGCUGGGGUGGUGCCCGGUGACAGCUCCCGAAUUUACUGAUUUUUUUUCAGGGAGGGGGGAUUGGUGUGUCACUCUGAUUUGGCCCCAUCAUGGCUGACCAAGCUCUCAGUUUUCUUAAGGACUUUUUGGCUGGUGGCAUUGCUGCUGCUAUUUCCAAAACGGCUGUAGCGCCUAUCGAGAGAGUGAAAUUGCUGCUACAGGUCCAACAUGCCAGCCAACAGAUCACAGCUGAGAAACAGUACAAGGGCAUCAUAGACUGUGUGGUCAGAAUCCCCAAGGAGCAGGGCAUCAUUUCCUUCUGGAGAGGCAACUUGGCCAAUGUUAUCCGGUACUUCCCCACCCAGGCCCUCAACUUUGCCUUCAAGGACAAGUACAAGCAGAUCUUCCUUGGGGGUGUGGACAAGCGCAAGCAGUUCUGGCGUUACUUUGCAGGCAACCUGGCCUCUGGGGGUGCUGCAGGAGCUACUUCGCUCUGCUUCGUUUACCCUCUGGAUUUUGCCAGGACCAGGCUAGCUGCUGAUGUGGGCAAAGGCCUGCAUGAGAGGCAGUUCAGUGGGCUAGGCAACUGUCUUGCCAAGAUCUACAAAUCGGAUGGCCUUAGAGGCCUCUACUUGGGAUUCAAUGUGUCGGUCCAAGGCAUCAUCAUCUACAGAGCGGCUUAUUUUGGCAUCUAUGAUACAGCUAAGGGUAUGCUGCCUGAUCCAAAGAAUGUGCACAUCAUAGUGAGCUGGAUGAUAGCCCAGACAGUUACUGCAGUAGCAGGGCUGGUGUCCUACCCCUUUGACACGGUCCGACGUAGGAUGAUGAUGCAGUCUGGGAGGAAAGGAGCUGAAAUCAUGUACAAGGGCACAAUUGACUGCUGGAAGAAGAUAGCAAAAGAUGAAGGAGGCAAGGCCUUUUUCAAAGGCGCCUGGUCCAAUGUGCUGAGAGGAAUGGGUGGUGCUUUUGUAUUAGUCUUGUAUGAUGAAAUCAAGAAAUUUGUUUAAGAGAAUCAAACUGCUUGAUUCAGAUCUUUGGGUUUUUUGUAAAGUAUCUACAUGUGGUUUUAAUGGGCAACUAAAUAUUUCCUAGGGAAACAGAGAUGGUUACUGGGGGUCAAAUCCAGUUGAGAGAUCAGGUCACUAUGGGAAGAUAGAUAGGUGGUUGUUCAUAAGAUCACAAAAACAUUUUGUAUGGAAAAUCAAAGAGGCCUCUGUGUAUGUAUAAAUAUAUUUGACAAAUAUCAGUAAUAUAUUCCUAUGUUUUAAGUGCCUUUCUGGAAGACAGCUUGUUACAUGGUAUUUGCAGAAUUAGAAAUGUGAAUGCAAUAAAUACUAGAAGUCAAAA